AAGCGAUUUCUCUCACCGAACGCAAAGGAAGCGGCUUCCUCUUCGUCGUCGCCGCUCUCGUCCUGUCUUCCUCUGCAAGGAAAAUGUGGCGAACCGUUGAUGUUCAUGUCAAAACCCUAGGUCGACCCAUCUGUACAAUCCUCUUCACCGUCUCGAGUUCUAACCUCAAACCAUCGCCGUCGUUUCAGCUCCGUCUGCGAUCGUCGUUGUCGUCCUCUCCGUUUCGUUAUCCUCCGAAAAUUUUGUCUGUAUCCAAUUCUCCGAUUUUUAGUUCACGGGGAAGCCGGAGCCUCGGGGAUCUCUUCUCCUGGAGGCCAAUUUCUUCGUCUUCGUCGGCGGAGGCUUCUGCCGCCGCUUCAGCUCAGCCGCAGCAGCAACAUGCCGUGGAUUGGGGUGAAAGUGGAUCGUGCUUGGAUGUUGAGGAUGGUAAUAAUGACGGCGUCGAGGAGGAUGCUAAGCUUUCUAUUCCUGUUCGAGCCUACUUCUUCUCCACUAGUGUUGAUUUGAGAAGCUUAGUCGAUCAGAACAAGCAGAAUUUCAUCCCACCCACUUCAAGAAUGACUAACUAUGUCGUUCUUCGGUUCGGCAACCAUGCUGAUCCCACUGGCAAGGGUGGUUGCAUAAGUGGGAGUGAGAGUGUUUACAUGGUAGUUUUCCAGUACGGUUCAAUCGUCUUGUUUAAUGUACGGGAACACGAGGUUGAUGAGUAUCUGAAAGUUGUGGAGAGACAUGCUUCAGGAUUGCUUCCCGAAAUGAGAAAGGAUGAAUAUGAAGUUAGAGAGAACCCGACUCUGAACACGUGGAUGCAAGGCGGUUUGGACUACAUCAUGUUGCAGUUCCUGAAUAUCGACGGAAUCAGAACCAUCGGUAGUGUUCUUGGCCAGAGCAUUGCGCUCGAUUACUAUGGCCGCCAGGUUGAUGGUAUGGUUGCAGAAUUUACCGACAUAAAUCGUGGGAUGGAGAAAACCGGGACAUUCACUAUGGAUAGGAAGAAGCUCUUCCAGUUGGUAUGGAAAGCUAAUUCUAAUCUCGCCGAUGUCAUUCUGAAGCUCGGGCUAUUCGAGAGAUCGGAUAUAGCGUGGAAGGAUGCCAAAUAUGCUCAGAUUUGGGAGUAUCUUAGGGAUGAAUUCGAACUGACCCAGAGAUUUGCAAGCCUUGAUUUUAAGCUCAAGUUUGUAGAGCACAACAUUCGGUUUCUGCAGGAAAUUCUUCAGAACAGGAAAUCGGAUUUUCUGGAAUGGCUCAUCAUCAUCCUGAUCAGUGCCGAGAUCGCCAUAUCCUUGUACGAUCUCGUCCAGAGGUCUUUGUAAUCUCCCUUCUCCUUCUUCUUCUUUUUUUACAUAUAAACAAAAAGGGAAAACUUUUUCAAUCAGAAAAAAAGCAGAUUUCUUGAUUGUUCUUGAGGAGAGAGAGGUAAGAAAGGCUGAAACCCUAAUUGUCUUCUUUGUAAAGUAACCAUGAAUCCAUGAAUGAAUAGAGAGGUUUUGCUUCAUGAUAUUA